GGGAGGGAGUUCCGUCAGCCACGUCACCUACCGACUUCACGCGCAGGCAGAGAGACAGAGCGGUUCCGGCUGUCGCAGAACACUCCGUUAAUGUCGCGUGGUUAAUAACGGCACAUCUGUGAGGGCACAGCUGGAUCUAUAAGGAGCUUUACUGAGAGCGCGCGCUGUGUUCGUGCAGCGGCGGAAAGUUUACACUCGGAAAUCCGUCCUCGAGACUCCGAGAGCAGCGCGAGACCCCGCACACUGCCGACUUACCCGUCUAAUAGCUCUUUUUAUUAUUAUUAUUAUUAUUAUUAUUAUUAUUAUUAUUAUUUCAUUUCCGGUUUUGUGCUUAUUGACGCGCGAGGAUGAACGUGUUCCGUCUGGCCGGUGACGUGUCGCAUCUGCUCGCCAUCAUCAUCCUCUUCAUGAAGAUCUGGAGGUCCAAGUCCUGCGCAGGUAUCUCAGGGAAGUCCCAGGUGCUCUUUGCAUUGGUCUUCACCACCAGAUAUCUGGACCUGUUCACUGUCUUCAUCUCCUUGUACAACACGGUCAUGAAGGUGGUGUUCCUGGUCCUUGCCUAUGCAACAGUGCAUCUAAUUUACAUGCGCUUCAGGAACUCUUAUGACAGUGAGAAUGACUCAUUCCGUGUGGAGUUCCUGUUGGUUCCUGUUGCUGGACUCUCCUUCCUUGAGAACUAUGCCUUCACUCCACUGGAGAUCCUGUGGACGUUCUCCAUCUACCUGGAGUCAGUGGCCAUCUUACCACAGCUGUUCAUGAUCACCAAGACGGGUGAGGCCGAGUCCAUCACCACACACUACCUGUUCUUUCUAGGACUGUACCGUGCCCUCUACCUGGCCAACUGGGUGUGGCGCUACCACACAGAGGGCUUCUUCGACCAGAUCGCUGUCGUCUCUGGAGUUGUGCAGACCAUCUUCUACUGUGACUUCUUCUACCUCUACUUCACCCGAGGUGAGCGCACAUCUUUAAUUAAACACCAUGUUAAUCACACGCUCUUCUACUGGUUUAUAUCAACAUCCACCUUCUCUACAGGAACAAAAAUUAUUUAA